UUACAACUACAGGAAAUCUCACUUCUAGAAACGACAAAUUUAUAUCAGAAGAUAUGAUCAAUUUGGAAGUUAGGUCAUCAGAUUACUCUCUUUCCAUCAGAUCUAAGUCACUUCUACAGUUCUAUUUGCUGCUGCACACAAUCAUUUCAACCAGAAGCUUAAUUACUGUGCAAUGAAUCUUAAACCUCAUCACAUUGUAUAAUGACACGUUCACUAUUUUCUUAUAAUAAUUGCAAAUCUUACCUCAUAGAGUCUGUUCUAGUUCACCAAGCCUUAACAGGUAGAGUUUACCACCCAAAUAAACAAAUGAAAAUACUUGUCCUUAUAAAUUAGUCCUCUCCUUUCACUAAACUCCAUGCAUCAGUUUUAUCUUGUAGACCAGCAAUUGCAAAGACUCUAUAGACUUCAGUAACACUUCCAAGAAUCAUCUUCACUAUUCAACAUGGCCUCAAGGGGAAUCAACAGUACCAGUUUAGUUGUUCUCCUUGUGGCCAUGUUGUGGGCAAGAGCCACAGCUCAAUCAGGCUGCACCAGCGUGAUUAUCGGCCUGGCUCCAUGCCUAAAUUAUGUUACAGGAAGCUCAUCAACUCCAUCAUCUUCAUGCUGCUCGCAAUUGGCUAGUGUCGUUCAAUCACAGCCGCAAUGUCUCUGCUCAGUACUAAACGGCGGUGGUGCAUCAUUGGGUGUUACUAUAAACCAGACGCUUGCUCUGGCGCUUCCUGGUGCCUGCCAUGUGAAAACUCCUCCUGUUAGCAAGUGCAAUGAUGCUGCUAAUGGAACCUCAACGUCUGAUCCUCCAGUGGGUUCUCCUGAAAGUUCGCCAGCUGAUUCUUCAGUAACAGGAGGAUCAAAAGCAGUUCCAGCGACGGAGACGAGCUCUGCCAAUGGCUUCAAAAUGGACAUGACCUUUCAGCUCGUUCUCUUUGCUAUGUUCAUGGCAUCAUGUGCCUCAACUAUUAGCAGCUUCUGAGUCACAUUUGGGGUGUCUUUGAGCUUCUUCUAUAUUAUGUGUGUGCUCGUUUUAAUUGUGUUAGUACCUCUAGAAAAGUUUUACAUUGUAAUGUGCUUAAUCUUGUAUGAGUGGUUUGUGUUUGCUUAAUCCGUUGUGACGCUUGCUUUGCUAUAUCAGUAUAAUAAAACGCCAGCUUUUAGGCUUUGUGUUC